ACGUUGGACGCUUACGUCAUACAAACCCCGCAGUAUUAGCGUCUCUGAUUGGCGCUUGUUGCCGGUGACCUGGCAACCGAUAGACGGUUUACAGACGCUUGUUUAUUUUGCUGUCUCUUUACCUUACGUUAUUGUAGACGCAGAUAUCGCGUCUUUCUUACUUACAAUAUCGUACCAUUAUCGGUAGUAGCUGAAUUACAUCUAAAUCCAUAAAAAAUGUCGACGAGAACUCUACCUCUGCUCUUCAUUAAUCUGGGUGGAGAGAUGCUGUACAUCCUGGAUCAGCGUUUACGGGCUCAGAAUAUCCCAGCAGAUAAAGCCAAGAAAGUUAUGAAUGAUAUCAUCACCACCAUGUUCAACAAGAACUUUCUGGAAGAGCUGUUCAAGCCACAAGAGCUGUACUCCAAGAAGGCCCUAAGAACCGUGUUUGAUCGACUGGCUCACGCCUCAAUCAUGAGACUCAACCAGGCCAGUAUGGACAAACUUUAUGACCUGAUGACCAUGGCCUUCAAGUAUCAGGUUUUGUUGUGUCCUCGCCCCAAAGACAUCCUCCUCGUGUCCUUCAACCACAUGGAUGCCAUCAGGGACUUUGUGAAGGACACUCCCAGCAUCCUCAGCCAAGUGGAUGAGACUAAUAAACAGCUUAUAGAGAUAUAUACCGCUUUAUCUGGUGGAGAGUUUCAGCUGAUUAGACAAACCCUCCUCAUCUUCUUUCAAGAUAUGCACAUAAGAGUAUCAAUUUUCCUGAAAGACAAGGUACAGAACUCCAAUGGUCGAUUUGUUCUGCCCACAUCAGGACCCGUUCCAUAUGGGACACAGACCCCAGGACUCAUCAGGAUGUUUAGUUGUGUUGGUGAGGAGGUAAAAAGGUUGCAGUUCCAGGGCGGUGGCAAUUACAACGCUUCUCUUCGUGAAGGUUCUUUUGAAAUGUAUGGUGAUCGGGUCCUCAAACUGGGCACGAACAUGUACAGUGUGAGUCGUCCUGUUGAAACACAUAUGUCUGGAACCUCCAAAAACUCCUCACAACACACCAAGGUCAACACGACUCCGAAUCCCCUGGCUAAAGAAGAACUAAACAUGCUUGCCAGACUCAUGGGAGGUCUGGAGGUGCAAAAACCAACAAAUAUCGACUCUGGUUUCAGGGUGAAUCUUUUCGCCACUGAUGAGGAGGAAGAGGAAGCUUUUAUAUCAAGACCAGAUGAUCUGUCCUAUGAGGUUCUUACUAUUCAAGCAACAAAGGACAAACAGACCAAUGCUGAGCUGGCCAAAAUCAUGGGGGAGUUUGUGGAGGCAGGCGAGACCACCCCUAGUUCCAGCAGCAAAGGUGACGACCUUCUGGCCAUGAUGGACGGUCUGUAACUUAAAUGGUUCUGUUAGCUGAAGAAAGUGAUUGAGUGGUUAAGAAGGAUCAGGUCCUGCUAUGUGCGCUGUCUCGCUCCUGGAAGAGCUCUUUUGCCUGAAGCUGCGGUGACAACCUUGUUUAAUUUAGAAAGACAGCUCAAGGAGAUUCUCUUUGUGAAUUUCAUGCAAAUUUUCUUCACCUGCUACAAUGAAAGAAACGCAAAAAGCAGGUGUUGAGAUUUAAUAUGCAUCUUGCCGUGGGAACCGUAGUCACUUUUCCAUAGUCAGUUUGUGGAGUUCGUUUGUACCUACUGAGGCAGCACGUCAUCCUGUAAUUCACAUCACCGAGGUCUGCCGGCAAAGUGAGGACCUCUGCAAAGUUUUGAUGCCACAGACACUCCUGUGACAUUUAUAUCAAAAGACAGAAUGAAACGCCUUUUGCUGGAUUGUCUCAAUUCGCUCAAAUGGAAUUUCAAUUAAAGCUGUCGUUGAAUGUGCAACCGAAAGGUGGAUGGAUGCUAUUACAUAUGUGGUGUAUCCAUACAACAAGCACUGCUUGAGACAGGGUAACAGAGGAAACCGAAGUGCACUUGCAGUAACAUUUUAGCACAGAUCCCAAUACUGGUUUACAGGAAUCCCCAGGACAACUGAUCUGUGCUUGUUUUGUCAUUAUUUAUAUGGAGGCAAAUCCAACCAAGUCAGGAAUUUCAAUGUCACAAUUGAGAACAAACAUUGUUGUCUUAGAAUGUGCCGUUUUUGCAUUAUAUAAAGCGAAAAUAUAUGUGAAAUGUACUUUAAGGUAACCUUCCAUGAAAUAUAAAUAAGCAAAGCAGUGUGGGGAAUGAAAUGUUUAUAUUUUUCACAAGCUUAUUAGAGCUCAUUUAUUGAAGUUAAAGGGUAAGUCCACCCAUAAAUGAAAUUUCUGUCAUGAAUUACUCACCCUCCAGUUGUUCCAUACCUGUAUACAUCUCUUUGUUCUGUUGAACACAAAGAAAGAUAUUUGGAAGAAUGUUAGCAGCUGAGAUUUCUGUGGCAACAUUGACAACCGUAGUAGAAACAAUUAUUGUAUAGUGUUUUGUUCUGUUAAACACAAAAGAAUAUAUUUUGAAGAAAUAAGAAAACAAACAGUUCAGGGGCACCUGUGACUACCACUUUUUGACUACCUCAGAAAUCUCACUUGCUAUCAUUCUUCUAAAUAUCUUUCUCGGUGUUCAACAGAACAAAGAAAUGUACACUGCUUUGGAACAACUUGAGGGGGAGUCAAUGAUGACAGAAUUUGCAUUUUCGUGUGGAGUAUCACUUAAACGCACCGUACAUGAAAGUUCAUUUGUGUUUGUUUACGGUAUCAGUAUUUUGAAAGGUUAGGUUUAAAAAAUAAAGUAUGUCCUUUUGCAAAUAA